AUGUGUGGUUUUAAUUUUAAAGUGCAGGAUUCCCAGAAGCCAAGCUCAUCAGCGCUGGUGGCAAGCUGCAGCCAAGAAAGGCUGUGACUGAAGCCAUUCUAGAAGUUGGUGUAUCUUUCUCCCUGCCCCUGAUGUGCUUCUGUUGUGGCCCAGAGCCCCAGUGAAACCCUGGGUUCUAGGUGCAGUCAGUCCUUUGUCCUUUUGUUUGCAGACACAGGAGAUGGAUUUUGCUGCAACUGAAAGAAAUUCUGUUGCUGUGAGCAGGGAAUAGGUGAAAAGUGAGCCUGUCAUGGUUUCAAGCCUUGGAACCUUUUCUGGGCUCUGUUUGUAGCGGUCCUCGUGCUUGGUUUGUGUCACUCUCAGGGACCCCUGCAAUGCAGAAGGAGAGACUGGACUCCCCAGCCAUCUUGAACCAGAUGUGAAAUGAAUUAAAAAUCAUGAGCAGUUCCAUCUUCCACCAUUAAUUUUGGUCAGUAACUUUUGUUUACACAUCUCUCUUUGAAGAAAUUAAAUGAGCCUGGAUGCCAUUAUAGAAUGCAUAACUUGGCACUUGAUUCUGCUGAGUUCCAGAAACUCAGACAAUAAGAGGAGGAAAUGGGUGUGCUGUGGAAUACAAAGCUCUCAGCUGCUCAGGUCUGCUGGCACUGGGUUUAUUUGCUGUUACCCAAGUGGGCACUGAAAACGGAAACCGACUCACAGCCUCUGCAGCCCUUCGUGAGGCCAUGUAAAACCUGCUGCAUCCAAUAAAUGCCAAUGAUGUAGCAAAGUGAAGAGUUUGGGGUUUGUAACCUGACUCAUUAAAACAUCUCACCCAAGGAAAAGCUGCCCACUGCAUUUCUGCAUCCUUAAAUCUGACAGCCCCAGGUAAAGGUGUUGUUUACCAGCCAAAGCGAGGCUCCCACUGAGCAGCUGAGAGCUGGAGCCAGAGGGAAAUUCCCUGUCAGCCAGAAGAAUGGAGCAUCUCAGUAGCUGCUUCUUCACACUUCUGCCUUGUAUCUGAAGAAGGAUCAUGCAAUUUCUUCCAUUGAGGUAGAUAGUAAUUUCUUUGUUGUGGUCUGUUGUAAAGCAAUCUUCUGGCAGGACUGAGAAUCUCUUAUCUACUGCUGUAAUGUUAAGUGCUGUUGGGCUUUAGCCAAAGCAGUAUUUCAAGAAUUUGCUAGGCAUUGAUUUUUAGAGAUCAUUAUUUAUCCUUUGAAAAGCAAAGGUUAAAGUUUACCUUUUGCUGUUAAUGUAACUGUGGUUGGCAUAUUUACAUAAGCAGCCAGCUCCUGUCAAAUUAGGAAAUCCACGCUGGGAUUUUAUCAGUUAUAGAUUAAUUUUGAAAGCACUGUGCUAUGAACAAUGCUUGUGCUAACUUCAGCUUCAAUGCAGUUAAACUCCACCAACUUUGGGUGUAUCCUGGGUAGUGUUUGGGGUGACCACAGAGUCAGAACCUUCCUGUGCAGUGAAUGUUGGAAAUUUUUAAGGACCCUUUAAAUAAAAAAGAAGCAAGGUGACAGGGGGUGUGCUAAGGUGUGAGUUCCUGUUGUCACUCAUCCUUGCCAGAUGGGUAAUUUCUCAGAAAAAUGAAAAAUUAAUUGACAAUUGUAGUGCAUCCAAUUACAGGAUUCCCUCCUUUCCAUCUCAUCCCUCUUAGAUGGCUUCAGGACCAUGGCUUUGUCUUUAAAAACAAUGUCUGUUCCAGGAAAUUAUGUGCAAAUACAGUCCAAGUUCAUUAUCUGUAAAAGGUAAUAUAAGCCUAAAAGAAGAAGAGAGAAAUGCUCCUGACAGAUACCUUAGUGUGUUGAAAUUUAGGUCAUUAAAUGAAUACCUCACAUCUGAUUUCAAAAAUUCAGAAAUAGCAAUAUUAAUGAUAUAUUUUUAUGGAACUUCUGGGUUUCAUAAAGGAAAAUAUGCUGGGUAAGUUAUCAGGAAGUUGUAUCAGUUUUAAGUUAAUUAGUAAUUCUUUAUAGAGAAGGAUGCUGUAAAACAAGCUCAAAAUCCACAACCCAUAGCAGCAGAAAGGGAAGUUCAUUCUGCUGCUGGCAGAGUCUGGAAGGAAAGGUGUUUUUCUCCCAUUGGCUCCAGGAUGUCCUUUCUGAAAGUCCUGCUGUGUGUCCUGGUCCUGGCCGGCCCCUGGCUGAGUGAGGCUUCAGCACCCAACUGCACUGGAGUUGCAGACUUUAAGGCCUGUCUGGGUAAUGCAGAUGAAUUCUGUCCUAAAAGUAUUUCUUGCCAGUGUAAAAAUGAAAAACCUUUUUGCAGAUGUGAUUACUUCAGAAGCGGCUGGAAGGAGUAUUGGUACAUGGGUCCCAAAUGUAACCACCUUUGGAAUACCCUGGAUUUCAUUUUAGUGGCUACUCUUCCUGCAGUGGGACUGGUUAUCAUAGUGGUUGUAAUAUUUUCUGUUGUCUACUGCUUGAAAGUGGAAAAGGCUGGGAAGCAGCCGCAGCCUCCACCCAGUGGAGCACAGCAGAACCCUGCAUUCAAUGGUGACACAGCUGCCAGCCUGGGGCACGGCCACCAUCAGCCAGCCGGGGAUACCUGGGUUGGACAAAUUCCAAAAGUUGUACUGAAAAGACAAGAUUUUAAUGAUGCCUCAGUCCCAAAUCAAAGGCAGAAUUACAGUCCUGUGUAUGCUCAGCCUCUAAGGCCAGCAGAUCCAUCAUCAGAUUAUUUCCCUCAGUCCCGAGCCCAGCGGGACAAGUUUGACUAUCCCAGGAAGGAUUUGCCUUAUCCAGUUUAUCCAGAGGCAAGACAGUACCAGAGAUACUAAGAACAAGUGCUUCCUGUAUCAGAAAUGUCUUGGAAUGCUGUGUGAUCACUGGACAAUCGAGGUGCUGAGAGACCAAUGAGACCCUGGUGGGACACAGAGGAAAUUGCCGUCCUUAUUAGAGAGUGCUAAUAAGUUAUUGCAAAGAGAAGGUAUAGAGGAUAAUAGUAAAAGAAAACCUGAUAUGAUAUGACAUUACCAUCUGAUUUAUUUACUGUCUAAUUGGUGAGAGCUUCCUGUAAAUCCCUGAUGCUGCAGUGCACAAGGGUCUGGCCUGGCAGUGUGGUACAACCACAGCCAAGGACUUGGCCUCUCUCUGUCCCAAGACUUAUCAAAUACCUACAGAGCCAUUCCCUUGUCCCUUGUCUUUUUACCUACAGAGCCAUUCUCUUGUCCCUUGUCUUUUUACCUACAGAGCCAUUCUCUUGUCCCUUGUCUUUUUUGCUUUGUCUUCUGUGUUGAUCCCAACAACUGGAAUGUUUUGUCUUUAAAACCACCCUGGCUUCCUUUGUAACUUUUCUGUAAAUGAGGAAAAUAAAUGAAGUUAUGGAAGAUUGACUACCUUGCCACUAAGUAACAAAUGAAAGACACUGAAGACUGGGAUUUAUUUCCCAUUUUCCAAAAAGUCUGAGGCACAUUAUAUUGCGAUUUAUAUUAAACGAUUUUUUUUAGUAUUA